UGCAGUUCUACUUAUUGCAUAAAUGUGACAAACACAUUCAGUAGCAUAAUACUAUUAAAACAAAAAUGGCGCACGUUAUAAAACCAAAUAAGAAAUUAAAGCAAGCUCAACUAAACUUUGGUGGCAGCAAAACAAAACCAAAGCUGAGAAUUCAAUUUAAAAAUAAAACACCAGAACCUGAAAGUGAGGAAGUAGCAAUUGUAAAUGAUAUUGUGUUUAAUUCAAUAUCUCAUAGUGGUGAUGCUGCAACGUGCCGAAAAACACUAACAUCAGGUGAAGAAAAUAUUCAAUGUCCUGAAGUUUCAACUUCAACUUUGAACUCGGAAACUGAGAAACCCACAGGCACAGAUGUUAUUGUAAUUGAUGAUUCUUCAUGUGAUGGUGAUAUGAGUAAGUUAUCUACUGAGAUGUCAAGAAACAUAGAUGAAGUUAUUAAUGUUGUUAUCGCUCGUGGUUUAUCUAACCAACAUGAGAUGAUUGAAAACCGAGAUGUAUCUCGUGAGAAUAAGAAGAGAAGAAGAUCAAAAUCUCCAAAUCCUACUUCAAAUUUAGAAAUUUUAGAACAUGGACAAAAUGCAGACAAAACAGUUGACUGUGACAUCACAGGGCAGCUGCAUUCUAAUGUUCCUCUCAUCAUUGUGUCUUCUCCAAGAAGUUCAGAGCACUUGUCGAAAAAACCAAGGUGUUCCAUCAUAGAUAUAAUGGCUAAGAAACCUUGUCAAUCAAAACAGAACUUAAAGGAGAAUUCUGCAAAAAUAACUGAGUUAGCUGAAGGAGAAACCACAAUGAAAAGAAAACGACAAAGAUCUGGUUCACCAAAAAAUUCCCCAACUAAAUUAGAGCCUGUGUUGGAAACUAAAAACUCUGUAAACAACAACUUGCAUAAAGAUGAUGCAGUAAUAACUCACUGUGAAAAGACAGAUCUAACGGUGACAGAGAAUAAGGUAGAAGAAAUUGAUGAAAAACCGGAAGAACUGAUGUUGUCCAUGACGGAUACAUCUAAUAUUGAGAUGGACACGACGUGUGAAGACAUGGACACUUCUGGGGUGGAUCUAAGCUCAAAUGAAACAUCACCAAACAAUAAAAAUACUUCCCCUGCCUUAAAGAAAGCAAAAAGAGUGAGGAAAGUAAAUGCUACUGUGCAGAAACGUAUUGAGGAAAAGGCAAAAGAACGUGAAGAAAAGAAAAAACAAAAAGAAUUUCGUGAAAAAGAAAAAUUGGAAGCCAAGAAAAAAAGGGAGGAAGAAAGAAUUUCUAAAGAAGAGGAGAAGAGAAAAAAGAAAGAAGAAGAAGAAAAACUCAAGCAAGAGAAGUUGAGACUAAAACAAGAAGAAAUGGAAAGAAAAAAGAUGGAACAAGAAGCAAAGAGGCUUGAAAGAGAACAAAAGGAAGAAGAGAAAAAGAAAGAACGCGAAAAAAGGGAAGUAGAGAAAAAAUUAAAAGAAGAAGCGAAACUAAAGCUUAUUCAAGAAAAGGAAAAAGCUGAAGAAGAGAAAAAAAAGAAAGAAAUGAAAAGAGCUUCAAACUUCAUGGGUUUCUUCACUUCACCAGCGAGAGCAAAUGCACCAAAAAAGCCACCCCAGCAAAAGCAAGUUGGCUCAUUUGUUCCUUUUCAAGUGAAAACUGGGAUGUCCAUUGCUCCAAUACAAAGAAGGAAUGUCUCAGAAUCAUCAAGAUCUUUAUUGCUUGAACAAAUCAAGCAGCAGAAUUCCUCAUCUAACUACCUCCAGGAAAUAAACAGUGAAGUUUUUCAACCACGAAAAUCUUGUUCAACCAUUGCUAAGCAUAGCAAACAACUUUUAAGUCUCACAGAUGAUGGUUUAGAGUUAGUUGGCAGUGGUGAAGACAGCAGAACAAGUUGUGUGCUUCAAGUUCGGGCAAACUUCUACAAUUUUGUGAAAACAACCGACCCCCUUAUUAUGGGACUUACAGGAAGACAAGCAAAUAUAUUCAACCUCGUAAUCCACUCAAGAAAGACACGAAUCUAUUGGAUUACGAAGUUGAUUCUGAUGAUGAAUGGGAAGAUCCUGGUGAAGGUGAAGAUAUUGUUAAUAGUGAUGGGGAAGAGGAAGGAGAUAAAGAAGAUGAAGAGGAGGAAGGGGAUGGAUUCUUUGUUCCCCAUGGUUAUUUAUCAGAUGAUGAAGGAAUUGAUGAAGAUGCAGAUGAGGAAACUGGUGGAGAUAUUUCAGACCAAAAACUUAAAAUGAAACAAAAAGAGUUUGAAAAUUCCUUUAAAAGAAAACUUCAAGUUUUAACGGUCAAGAAAAUUGGUUGUGUGUGGGAGUGUGACCAACAUAAAUGUCAACCACAGGACUUGGAUUUGUUAAAAGGAUAUAAAAUAAAAUGUUUCACCACAAGUCCAAUAAACUUGGAUGAGUUACCUCCAUCCAAACCAUUGAACACAACUUCAAACAAUGAUCAACCGAAGGCUCCCAAGAAUGGAGUUCCUGAAGAAGCGAUGCCUGAUUUGAUCCGUUUACUUCAUGGAAGUCCACACAGCUCCCAACGCUUGGUGAAAGAAUUUCAAGUUUAUUGGGAAUAUAAGAAUACCAUAGGUUGCGCCCCUAAUCAUGGACCACUACCUUUAAAUACUCUUGACACCAGGGUUUCUGGGUCCAACAUCACCCAAGAGGAAUCUCAAAAAUUUCUCCCUCCCUCCAAUGCAUCUUCUCCAAGUCUUCCCAAACCAUCCCUUGUCAUCCAAAGUCCUUCAUCACAGAAGAUCUCAGCAUCUCCAUCACAAAGCAGAGUUGCUGGAGUCGAUUUAUUGUCCCAGAUGGACAAGGGACCUUUCUGGAUCUCUAAAUCUCAGUUAACAAAGAAAAUCAAAGAGAUUGGAGCUUAUGGGAGAAAGGAAACUUUAAACCGCUCGUGUUGGUUUGUAUUGGAUGCAACAUUUGAGAAAUAUUCUCUGGACCCCAAAAACUACCCGCUGCCCGCACGUUGGGGUUACAUUACCCAGGUCCCUGAUAUCUACUUAGGGGAAAUCCCAGUAGCCCCUACCACACCCAACAGCUCUUCAAACAACCAAGAAAAUCCACAAAUGAAAAUCGGAAAAUUUGCUCACAAAGUUUCCGCAGAAGACUUGUUGGAAAAAAGCAUUUUAAAAUGCAUGCAGGAGAAAGCAAAGCAAGAAUCCCAACCAGAACCCUCAACAAGUUUACAUAAAUUCACCACCAAGGUAUCUGCUGAUGAGUUGCUUGAAAUAUCUCGUCAGAAGUCCAUGCUAGAACAGGAGUCAAAAAAAAGUCGUCGUGUUGAGCUGACGACGCUCGCAUUGAAGAGCCAGGAUGAAGAGAAUGUUGAUCCUGACUCCUCCUCCCAACCUCCACCAUCCUUUGGAGUUCCAUCUCACUCUGCGUUCAAAUCUUUCUUCAAAAUGAGUGAUUCAGUUCCAGAAGCAAAAAAAUCAGCUUUGCUGCCAAAUAAGACUGAAGAUACAAAACCAGUCACGAAUGUGGACUCUGCGUGAAAUGUCUUGUUCUUCCAAGAGUUUGAAGAUAUGAUCAUGGUGGUUCAAAAAGACGGAAUGCUCCAACAAACUCUUCCCUAUUUUUCUAACAUUGCUUUUCUUUCAACUUCGAUUCUAGUCAAUUCUUUCGCGUUCUUUAUAUGUACAGCUAUACCUUUUUUCAAUAAAUCCUGUAGCAUCUUUUUUAUGUAAGAGACCGGGAAAAUCGCUACAUUGCUUCCAUCUACAACAUUGAUACCUAUUAUACAAGAGAAAAAAAAUCGUCAAUAUUUUUGGAGUACCUGAUUUUGUUUCAACAGUGUUCGGUUUAUUGGCCUGUUAAUCCCUUCACAUUGCCGCGUUUGUAGUUCUAAUAAACAACAGAUUAAACCGUG